AUGGUGUUGUCCUGGACGCUGAAUGGAGGGAGAACUUUCGUAUGGGAAUCUGUCGUGGCGCUCACCGAGGAGCUAAGUCCGCACAUCGAAGGGCAAACGACAAAUAUGAGGGCACCCAUUGAUCCUCUAAAACGGGUCGCUCUGACGCUUUAUUAUUUGAGCGACGAAGGAAGGCUACGGAAGACUGCAAACGCCUUCGAUGUGUCGCGCCAGGCCGUGUCUGUCAUCGUUAGGCAGAUCUGCAGGACGAUCUCCAUCCACCUCGGUCCCAGGUACGUCCGACUGCCUUUCACGGAGCAAGACGCUACGGAGCUGGUUGUGGGGUUUCAACAGACUCAUGGCAUGCCCCAAUGUUUAGGAGCAGUUGACGGCACCCAUAUUGAAAUCAAACAACCGUCUGUCAACUCCACGGACUAUAUAAACAGAAAAGGCAAGUACACCCUGAAUGUACAGGCAGUGUGCGAUUACAAGUACAGAUUUAUGGAUGUUGUCAUCAAGUGGCCUGGAAGUGUGCACGACGCAUGGAUCUUUGCCAAUUCAGAGCUAAAUCUGUCACUGAAAAAUGGCAAGAUCCCGCCUCUUAAAAGGCGGAUUGUGGACGAUGAGGAGCCUAUAUCCAUUUUCCUUCUCGGUGAUCCUGCGUACCCACUGCUGCCUCAUCUGAUGAAGGAGUUCUCCAACGGUGGGUCGACGCCGCAAGAACAGUACUUUGGCCUGAGUUUAUGUAGGGCACGGAUGGUCAUUGAGUGUGCAUUUGGUCGUCUGAAAGCCAGAUUUGCAGCACUGAGAAGGCCGAUGGACAUAAAUUUGAAUGACCUGCCCUAUGUCAUAUACUCUUGUUUUGUUCUUCACAAUUUCUGUGAGGCCAGUAAGGAGGGUGUAGAUGAAGUGUCUGUGAUGGGAACGAUGCGAGGAGAGGUGGACUCACAGCCUCCCACACAGUGCAACAAUUUCCGCACUGACUGUAAUGAGGGGGAAGGAAAGAGAGUGAGAAGAGUGGUAAUGAAGUACCUUGACCCUUAA